AAAUGACUUGAACUACACUGUCUACACCAUAACCAGCAUGAAUUGAUCAGCUCAGAGUACUUGGUAUCUAUAUAAUAAUGAGUAAUGAAGCAGGCCUUUGCAGAAACGAACGCAACAUAGCAAGAAAUGGAAAUGUCCAUGAUUACUGUGGCGGUGUUUCUUUUGUGUCUUCAUUAUUUCAGUGCAGCAGAGGCUAUCAUUAAGCUUCCAGGCAAUGAAACAAUCCCAGGACUCAUUAUUUUUGGCGAUUCUAUCGUUGACACAGGAAGCAACAAUGGCCUCCAGACUGUGGCAAAAUGCAACUUCCUUCCUUAUGGAAAGGAUUUCCAGGGCGGGAAUCACCCAACAGGAAGAUUCUCCAAUGGCAAGGUCCCUACCGACUUCAUAGCGGAAGAAUUGGGAAUGAAAGGAUUGAUACCGUCAUAUUGGAGUCCAAGUUUUCAGCUAGAUAAUCAUUUUACAGGAGUUAACUUCGCAUCCGGUGGAUCAGGAUAUGAUCCUUUAAGUGCAAAAAUUCAGUCGGUGAUACCAUUAUCUAAGCAACUGAAUCAAUUCAAAGAAUACGUGAAAAAGCUAAAAGGAAAAUAUGGAGAGGAAAAGACCAACUUUAUCUUGUCCAAAAGUUUAUUCAUUGUGGUUGCCAGCAGCAAUGACAUUGCCAAUUCUUAUUAUGCAACUGGAAUUAGGAAAUUGCAAUAUGAUAUUGGAUCUUACUCUGAUUUCUUGUCGCAACUUGCCUCUUCUUUUGUUAAGGAAAUAUAUGGAUUGGGAGCAAGGAGAAUAGGGGUGUUUGGUGCACCCCCAGUAGGAUGCUUGCCAUUUAUGCGAACGCUAUUUGGUGGCAUAGAGAGAAACUGCCUGCAAGAAAUAGACUUGGCAUCGAAGUUGUUCAAUGCUAAAUUAUCAACAGAGAUGGAGUACCUCAAUCAAAAUCUGCCUCAAGGGAAAGUGGUGUAUAUUGAUGUUUACGACCCUUUGAUUCAUAUCAUCGAAAACCCCACCGAUUAUGGGUUUGAAGUUGUUGAUAGAGGAUGCUGUGGCACAGGGACUAUAGAGGUGUCUGUACUGUGUAACCAGUUAGAACAAAUUUGCAGAGACGAUUCUAAGUCUGUGUUUUGGGAUAGUUUUCAUCCUACAGAGAGGACAUACCAGAUUCUUGUUGGCAAAAUCAUCAACAGAUAUAUAAAUAACUUCUUUUGAGAGAAUUGACUCUCAUUCCAUUCGAGUUCACUGCCCUUAUUUGUAUUUUUCUCAGACAAACUUGUUGAAAUAAAUUUUAAAAAAUUGAACUUGAUCCCUUUUUGUUAA